AUGACUGGACGCGGCAAAGGAGGCAAGGGACUCGGCAAGGGCGGUGCCAAACGCCAUCGCAAGAUCCUCCGCGACAACAUCCACGGCAUCACCAAGCCUGCCAUCCGCCGUCUCGCUCGUCGUGGCGGUGUCAAGCGUAUCUCGGCCAUGAUCUACGGCGAGACCCGCAACGUCCUCAAGUCCUUCCUCGAGGGCGUCAUCCGCGAUGCUGUCACAUACACCGAGCACGCUAAGCGAAAGACCGUCACCUCCCUCGACGUCGUCUACGCCCUCAAGCGUCAAGGCCGCACCCUUUACGGUUUCGGAGGUUGA